GAUAAGCUGGUAAUUCUCAUUUUUAAGUUCUUUUGAUAUUCAAAAAUUAUCGAAAUAUUUGAUAAGUGUUCUACAAUUCUAAAAGAUACUGAAAGCAUACAGGGCAAAGUCCAGUUUCACCUUGUGAAACAGCUGACGAAUGUUGUGGCGAAAGCUGUACGCGCAGUGCGCACUGUGCGGCACGUACGAUUCCUCCUUUGCGUCGGUCGGCGUCAGUUGUCGACUGUUGCUUGAGGUCUAUUGUAGAAGACUCGAAUUGCACCGCUGACGUCUCCACGAUCAGUCUUAUUUCGAGUUAUAUUCAUUCAUCCGGACUGAAGCAACGAGGAUCGAUUAUUAAAUUUUACAGGUUACACCAUCCCUCCGUAAUGGUGGACUGGGCGCCAAGCCACCGGGCGUCGCUGAUGCAGCAGCUGAGUGUGCUCUCAGCGGCUGCUCUGCAUGACGAGACCGCCUACCGCCGCAGCGCCGCGGUGCUGAAGACGCUGGUACAGAAGCUGCGGCAUGACGACACGGUCACGUACACCUACCGGCGCCAGCUGCUGCAUGCCAACAUCAUCAGAACGAAUCUGGUGCCGCUCCUUUUACACAAGGAGCCGCCGUUUCAAGUGCAGGAUCUCACCCUCACGCUGCUGGACAUGCUGUCCUCGCCGGAGGAGAGCCUGCGCCCCUCGCAGACGGCGCUCUCGGGCCUCUCUCCCGAGGUGAGCAUCCAGCUGUCGCUGGGACUGCGCGGCCUCAAGGAGGAGCUCUCCUCGCCGAUGGCGGCACGGGCUGUCCUGGCACCGCUCGGAGCAGUCCUGGCCCGACAGACCACCGCUGCGGCGAUGCGCGGCCGGGACGCCGAGUGUAUCACCACCACGCUCUCACUGCUGAGGAACCUGCUGCACGGGCCGUUGUGCUCGGACGCCGCCGAGAUGGCCCGCUACCGGAACCUGCUGUGGGCGCUGCUCUCCGCCGACCUGGGUCAGGCGCUCCACCAGCUCAUGCAGUCACCAUCACUGUCUGCCUGGUGUGUACCCGUCGUGGAGCUCCUCGCCCAGCUGUACAAAAUGUACGCCAGCGGUCACCUGCACAAGACGCUGCAGAACUGGCUGAAUCCGACUCCGAGCGACAGCUCUGAGGAUGAUGAGAGCAACACCUCACCACCGGAUCCGAGCGUGGACUGUCGGCUGGAGCCGACGGCGGCCGCCGCCGGCGUCUGGGCCGUCAUGCCGCCCGGCUGGCAGGGCGGGGGCGGCGGCGCCGCGGGGGCCGUGCAGCCCCCCUGUGCCGCCUCCAAGUCGCUGAAACGCAAGCUGACCACGGUACGGACCCAGGAGCGGCAGGGAGAGCCGAACCUCAGCACCAGCAGUAGCGACGAGGGCCGCUGCGUCAAACGCUCGGCCAAGGCGGGCCACUUCAAGCCGCAUCACCGGUCGCCCAAAUCCAAACCCUCGCUGACGCCGCCGUCAUCGGGUGCGUGUGCCUCUGACGGCGGUCCGGCACCGCCCACACCGCAGCAGACGCCGCCGCCGCCGCCGCCGCCGCCUCCGCCCAAGCCGCCCCAGGAGCCGGGCGCGCGCCUGCUGCGCUCUAUCCGCGCGCGCGCCCACAAGAUUCUGUCGCUGGUGACCCGGGAGCCCUCCCAGGGUGACCUGGACAUUGUACUGGUGGAGUUCACCAUACAGUUCCUGCUGGCCGGCUGGGGACCUCUUGUAAAGGCGCUGAUGUCCAGCCUUCCGGACAAGAUGGACAAAUCGCACCUGUACUGGGCGAUCGUGUACUUCAUGAAGCCGUGUACAGAACUGCGCGUCAGCUAUCCCAACAUUCAGCCGGUGCUGUGUUCGGAGCUGCUGAUGCUGCUCACGUACGAGGCCACCCGAUUGGUUGCUAUCGGCUCCAGUCAGCCGACCAGCACGCUGGAGCGGUUCCACUCGCAGAGGCAGCUGCACAUGUUGACGAACGCCAUUCGCGAGAUCCUGUACGGGAUGGAAGCGAUCAGAGGCUACUCGAGCGACGAGCACAUAGCUCAGAUCCAGAAUACUCUCUGUCAGGUGGGCCGUCUGCGCCAGUUCCGUCAGCUGUUUCUGCUGCUGAUCGGCCAGUGUCGGCUCGGCCCGGCCAGCCUGCCCUACCUGCGUGACCUGGUGCUCACCAAUCACCUGCUCAUCAGCAUGCAGGAGACGUUCAACAACCAGUUUCCGCUGCUUAGCCACGUCACGCUGUUCGCCGAGCCGACCAUCAUCCGUCGGUACACCAGUCUGCUGAAACUGUACGCCACUAACGCGCCCGUGCUCAACGACGCGCUCUUCACCGUGCUACACCACGUGGUGGGCGACGCCAACCGGAUAGAGCUGCUGUUCCAGCCGGACGUGCUGAAAACGUUCUCCAAAAUCAUCGGCUCCGACCUGCCCCUGCUUCAGGACUGGCUGGACCUUAUAGAGUACACGAUCCAGCGGUUCAUCGAGAGGCAGCACGACCCGGCCGUGCGCGCCGCGCUGCAGCAGGCCGCCUCCGACGAGCUGACGGGCACACUGUGAGUGGGGGACCGGCGGCGCGGAGACGACGCCGGUCUGGGCUAGUUGCUAUUGUGAGGUUCAAGUGAGCCUUCAUGCAAAAUGGUGUGUCCUGUAUAUACACUGUGGAAAGGAGAACGGAUACAGGUGACGGCAGACUGGA